AACCAGUCGUCAAGGCUAUUGAAAGCUGUAAUGCGGUGGCUCAGUGCGCCUCUUUCAACGUUCAAGUCAGUAGUAAGAAGUAGUUCCAAGAUGAUCGUGACAAAUUUAGUGCCAAUUACAACCACAUUAUUGCUGAUAGUUAUCGCACAUUCAAAAGUUUGCUCACAACAGUUUAAAGAUGAUACUUGUGAUCCUGACAAAUGUAUCAAGGUGGAAUACUGCUUUCUAUAUGGAAUCAGGACGAAUUUGAAAAAGGGUAUAUAUCCAAAACUGUGCGGGUUUGAGGGUAAUGAUCCGCUAACCUGCUGUGACGAACCCAUGCAAACAAGUCGGGAUGCUGCUAGCGCAACACGACGAGUCGCUAGCACAAUGUGUGACAUAUAUAUGAGACAAGUAUGUCCAAUCCUCAUCGUCCCGUAUGUUCUUGGAGGAGUUUCUGCAGCUCCCAAAGAGCUUACAUUCAUGGCUCACAUUGGUUAUGGAGAAGAAGGAAAAGAAACUUGGCAGUGUGGUGGUUCAUUGAUCAGCACAAGAUACGUUUUAUGUGCAGCUCAUUGUACUGAUGGAUUCAACAGCGGACUAGCCAGGUGGGCGAAACUUGGUGAUCUGGAUACGUCAACAGAUGAGGACGAUGCCCGGCCAGAGAUAUUCGAAAUUGUGGCCAGGUUCAACCACCCCCAGUAUAAGCCUGAUCAGAACUACCAUGACAUUGCACUCUACAGACUGGACAGAGAAGUGACGUUCAACGACUACAUUGGUCCGAUAUGCCUGCAGACCGAGGACCCUGUGCAGGACACUCGCGCCCAGGUUGCUGGCUGGGGUCGGAUUGGAUUUGUUGAACGAACAAGUAGCCAGUUACUGAAAGCUGAUAUGGAUAUUUUGAAUGUGUCUGAGUGCUCAAGAACAGCAUCCACCAAUCAACUGCCACGUGGCAUGGAUGUUGAUUCAAUGAUUUGUGCUGGAGUUGCAUCAGGAGGCAAGGACAGUUGUCAGGGUGAUUCUGGCGGACCACUCUACUCUAUAAAUCCCACUAAAUAUUCCUGUCAAAUGAGAACCCAGUACGGUGUGACGUCAUUUGGAUAUAUAUGUGGCUUGGAAGGCUAUCCUGGAGUUUAUACAAAAGUAUCCCAUUACCUGGACUGGAUAGAGACAGUAGUGUGGCCAUCGAAAAACAGUGAUGAUGUCCUUGUAUGGACAUAGCAAUGUUUUUCUUCACAAUCAAAAGUGCAUUCGAUCUUCUCCAUUCCAAACUUAUUCAUUGAGAAAAUCAUUGUAUAUAGUCUACCAUACAGAACAUAAAUCUCUGUGAUAUGAUUAGUCAUUAUUUGUCAAGAUUAAGAAGUUUGGCCGGGAUGUACUUUGGAAAAUUGCUACCAUGUUCGAGCGUUAGGCCUUAUUGUUUUCAAAAAUAACUUAUACGACAUUAUUGAGAAUUAAAUUAUAACAAGCUGCUUGUUAUUUAUCUUUAGAACGAUAGACAUUGUGAAAUUGGAACCGGUCGUAAUCUUAUUAAUGAUAAUAGAGUAACUAGUGACCCCCUGUGUUGGAGAACUUGCUCAAGAAGUGUUGUAUUGAAAUCUUUGAAACCUGUAACUUUUUAUUAUACUGAGUUGAAGAUAAUAGUGAAAAAAGCUGGAUAUUUCUCUUACAAGAAUAAUUUGACAGUAGGUUUCAUUAGGGGUCCUAUUUGAAUUGAAAAAUUACUCUUUAAAUGCUACUAUGUCGCUCCAAUAUCUUUGAACCCCAUAUAAAUCCAAAUUCAUCUUUCUAAAUGAGAAGGUGGUCAUGAUGUAAUACAUGAUUUUGAUACAGAGUUUCAAGAGAAAAUGAAUACUCUCUAAUAUUUCAUCCAUUACGAUCUGCUUGUCAAUGAUCACUUCCAAAAUACUUAAAUUACGAGGGAAAUCAAUGACGAAAACCGCAUAUUGAUAAUCGGUGUUGUCUUCUAAUAGGGGUAGGCAUUAAUCCCUGUUCCGCCUUCAAACAUUCCCCCACCUUUUUCUUGGUCUGCCAAUACUUCUCCUCCCUUCUGGCUUGUGAGCAAUGACAGCUUUGGGAUAAUAUCAACCCAUAUCAUUCAAAAGUUGUAAAUUAAGUUUCAUAUUAACCAGCUGAAAUCAUGUGUCAGCACGUGUGAUAGCUCCCAAAUAGCCUCAGCUUAUGUUAUAAAUGAAUGAAUGGAUAGUAAUAAUUACAUGCAAUGAAUUCUUCAGCUGACUAAAUGAUAAAUAAUAACAAUAUUUCUCUUAUACACUCUCAAUGAUAUUCGUAUAUCCUGAAAAAGGACGAAGGAGUGAGUCAAUUUUGUUGUCCAACGAACUUGACCUGUAAAAAGAUUCGAAGAAUACGUGUUCAAAAUUUGAAGCUAAUUGAUCAAUUCCUGCUAAAAUAACUGUAGAACACAGAAAUACAGACAGACAACGACUUUAGCCUCCAGUAAGUCAAAAGUGAGAACUCGCUAACGCUCGUUCAAUUACGUACUUCCAAAUUUAUAGGAUAGAAUAAAAGAGAAUAGGGUUUUAUUUGACCAGAUAAUUAUGUUGCAAAAUACACCAAUAAUGCUGUAUAUUCAAGGGAAUGAUACUGAAAGUAUAAUAUUAAUAACUAAUAAUAGUUUCAGUAUUAAUAAUGGUAUUAUGAUAAAUAAAUUGAUUAAGUAGAUAGAAGAGAGA